AUGGGCAAUCGUGUUAGUCGUCCAAGAUUCAUCGAAUGGGAUUUAGAUCGUUUGGAAAAAAUCACGACUUUAUCGAAACAACAAUAUUUAGAUCUUUAUUAUCAAUAUCAAAAUGAUAAAGCAUGGGGUGGUUUAGACAUGGAUGAUAAAUUAUUUUUUCAAAAAUAUGAUGAGAUGCUACCAGGUCAACAGACAAAAGAAGAAAGUGAUCGAGCAUUUUAUGCAUUUGAUUACAAUAAAUCAGGCAAGUUGUCCUUUGAAGAAUUUGUUGGUGUUGUUGUUAUAUUAAAUAGUGGUUCAACGACAUUGGAUCGAAUCACAUAUUUGAUUGAUCAAUAUAAUCCGACUAAGAGUGAUAAUCGCAUUGAACAAGCUUUUGGUAAACUGAUAUUUGAUCGUCUAAAUCAAUAUUAUGGUAUUAAAAAUGUUGAUCCAGCAUCAGCAUGGUCAGACUUAGUUGCAAGUACUGGAGAAAACAGUGAUCAAGUUGGCCGUGAUAAAUUUUUGGCUUUUAUUGCUGGACAUCCAGUUUACCGUACAUACAUUCAAUAA